AUGGGACGUCGAGCAAAGAACAAGCAGGGCCCCCCUGCCCCUCUUCCGCCUGUGAAGGUUGCAAAGCCAGCAGCUGGACCAUCUUCAGCAGUGGCGAAAGGAAAGCGGAAAGCAGAUGAUGUGGCUACCCCUGUUGCUGCCACUAAGCGCUCGGCAGCUGCAUCUCCUGUCGCUGCCAAGAAGGUCAAGACUUCGUCGGUGGCAAACGGCAUUCCACAGUCUGCAACAAAGGGCUCCAAGAAGUCCGUUGCUGGCACAAGCCAGCCUUUGACCAAGAAGUCCAAGUCCAAGAGCGAGACAGAGAGGAGAUCUCUGUUCGCCGACCAGGACCAAGACGAAGAUGCUAGCGAUGGCUUCUCUGGCAUCGAGGAUAUGAGCGAUCUGGCAGAAGACGAUGAUCAGGAGCCAUCAGACGAGCAGAUUGACGACAUGUUGUCCGGCGCCGACGACAGUGAUGGCUUCGAAUACGAAGACCUGGACGAGGCUUCGGACAACGAGAUGGGGGACCCAAAUGAUCGAGAGGCCAGCGAGGAUGGGGAGGAAGGGGAUGAGACGAACUUGACAGAUGGGACGGAUGAGGAGUCUGGCGAAGAGCAACAGCAGCAGCAGGACCCGCUGAAGGCGCUCGGCAUUCCCACCGAUGGCAGCAAAUUGUCAGAGAGGCAGAAGAAGAAGGCACUGGCGGAAGCGGAAAGGCUGGAACUCCUGCUCAAGAGCCAGGGCUAUUCACUCGAGUCUGACGAGGAGGGCGAAGGACAAGGGAGCAGCGGUGACGACGAAGAAGGCGACCUCGCAGAGCUAUCCGAGCAAGAGGACGGUCUUGAAGGCGAAUCUCUGGACGAAGAAGAUCUCAACGAUUCGGAGCUAGCGUUCUUGGAAGGUGCGGACGUCAACGAUGCAGACAGCGACGACGACAGUGAUGCUUCGCUUGAAGGAGAUGCCACCGAAGGCGGCGACUUCAUGCUGCCAACAGUAGAGGAGGCCGAGAAAGAGAAGGUCCUUGGUGCAGACCUGCAAGUGGUCCAGAUGCGAAUCCAAGAGGUCGUCAACAUUCUGGGCAACUUCAAGAAGUUGGCACGGGAUGGUCGCUCUAGGUCAGAGUACAUCGAGCAGCUGUUGGAGGACAUCUGCAGCUACUACGGUUACAACCGCUACCUUGCCGAGAAGCUCUUCAACUUGUUCUCGCCUGCCGAAGCUAUCGAAUUCUUCGAGGCAAAUGAGACUCCCAGGCCUGUGGUGAUCCGUACCAACACUCUUCGUACACGGAGACGUGAUCUGGCCCAGGCUCUUAUCAAUCGAGGUGUCAACCUCGAGCCCGCUGGCAAAUGGACGAAGGUUGGUCUUCAAGUCUUCGAGUCAUCUGUUCCCAUUGGAGCCACGCCAGAGUAUCUUGCCGGCCACUACAUGCUGCAAGCUGCCUCAUCGUUCCUACCGUGCAUUGCCCUCGCUCCCCAGCCUGGUGAGCGAGUUCUCGAUAUGGCUUCUGCCCCCGGAGGCAAGUCGACCUAUCUGUCUGCUAUGAUGCAGAACACCGGCGUCGUCUUUGCCAACGAUUCUAACAAGGCUCGAAUCAAGUCACUCAGCGCCAAUAUUCAUCGUCUAGGCUGCAAGAACGUAGUCGUGUGCAACUACGACGGAAGGCAGUUCCCGAAGGUGCUUGGAGGGUUCGAUAGAGUCUUGCUGGAUUCUCCUUGCUCCGGUACUGGAGUCAUCAGCAAAGAUCCUAGCGUCAAGACGAACAAGAGCGAAAGAGAUUUCCAGCUGCUAGCUCACUUGCAGAAGCAGUUGAUCCUGUGCGCUAUCGAUAGCGUCAACCCCAAGUCUGCCACUGGAGGAUACGUCGUAUACAGUACCUGCUCUGUGGCCGUGGAGGAAGACGAGAUGGUCGUCGACUACGCUCUUAAGAAGCGCCCGAAUGUCAGAUUGGUCCCGACCGGUAUCGACUUCGGCCGAGAAGGUUUCAAGAGCUAUCGCGAGCGCAAGUUUGACUCCAAAAUGCACCUGUGCAAGAGGGUCUUUCCCCAUGCUCACAACGUCGAUGGCUUCUUCCUAGCCAGGCUGAAGGUCGAGCCUAGAAGGAAGCAGGAGGCGGGUGCAGAAUCGUCUAAGGUCGAUGGCGGACUAGAGACAGAUGGCACUGAGGAUGACGAGGCUGGACAGGCUGGAACAGAGCUCGGCUUCAACAACGAGGAGGACGAAGCUCUGAUCAAAGCCGCUCAAGAUCGUGUCAAGAAGGGCAGCAAGGGCGCCAAAGGGGGGCGGAAGUCCAGCGGCAGCGCCAAGGCAUGA